AGAGCCACUGUAACUUUCUGUCUCUGUUUUUCUGACAGUGAUGGAAUUGAGAGAGGCCAGUGGAUCCCUCGUCGGCUCCAUUUCCCAGUGGACAACAUGAAGGAGGAAAUUCCACUCACCCUGAUAAACAGAGAGGUCCAUUCCAUCAGACCUUGCACCAUGACUCCUGAUAGCAUCUGUUCUGAAGAGUAAAAAAAAUAUAUUAAAACAUCACCACCUCCUCACCUCUCCCUCUGCUGGUCCUUUAAUUUACCCUACGGAGGAAAGUAACAACUCCUUCAUCUACUGGACAAUUUACUAAUGUGAUUGACCUUAAGACUGUUAACCACAAUGACUGUUCUCCUGUUACUGCCCUUUUCCCUUUAAAAACCUAUUUUUAUAAGAAAUAUUUAUUUGAAUAUCUUUCUGUGCAUAUUGUUGAUAAAACUCCAGGUCCCUGAAAUUAUCCUAGAUUUCAAUCUGAUUGAAUUCCCCUCAGAUACCUUUUUUGGAUUAAUAAGUUCUUUGCAGCUAUGGAUCUUGUAGGUUUUUCUAUCAGGCUGCAAGUGUUCCUCAGCACAUGUCUGGGACUGGAAUUUCUAGGCACACCAGGUCAGUGGGCACGCUACCUCCGCUGGGACGCCAGCACCCGCGGUGACCUCAGCUUCCAGUUCAAGACAGAGGCUUCAGAGGCACUGAUGCUGUAUUUUGAUGAUGGAGGCUACUGUGACUUUCUGCAGCUGUCGGUGGUGGAGGGCCGACUGCAGCUGCGCUUCAGCAUUGACUGUGCUGAGACCACAAUUGUGUCUGACAGACGGGUGGAUGAUGGCAGCUGGCACUUCGCCACUCUGAGCAGGUAUAACCUGCGCACAGUGCUGGUACUGGAUGGCCAGGCCACAGCUGAUGAGGUACGGCCUCAGCGUCAGUUCAUGAAAAUAGUCAGUGACCUGUUCCUGGGUGGAGUGCCUCAGGAUAUCCGCAACGGUGCACUGACACUGCCUACAGUGCGAAACAUGCAGCCCUUCAGGGGCACAAUUACAGACCUCAAAUAUGGCAUCUCACAGCCCCUGCUUCUGGGAAGCCUUAAGGUGCCCCUGGAGUCAGAAGGGUGGUGCACUGUGAACCCAUGUGAGAAUGGUGGUACAUGCUCAGUGGUGGAUGGAGAACCUAUCUGUGACUGCUCCAAAACAGAGUACAAAGGUCGCUUCUGCAGUGAAGAAGUCAUCACUAAUAUGCCAGCAAGGGAAGAGAAUGUGGCCACUUUCCGUGGCUCAGAAUUCUUCUGCUACGAUCUCUCCCAGAACCCCAUCCAGAGCAGCAGUGAUGAGAUUACACUCUCUUUCAAGACAUGGCAGCGCAACGGCCUUAUCCUUCACACCGGCAAGUCAGCUGACUACGUCAACCUGGCGCUGAAGGACGGCGCUGUCUCCCUUGUUAUCAACCUUGGCUCUGGAGCCUUUGAAGCCAUUGUGGAGCCAGUCAAUGGGAAGUUCAAUGACAACUCGUGGCAUGACGUGAAAGUGACCCGCAACCUUCGACAGGUGACAAUAUCAGUGGAUGGGAUUCUGACCACCACGGGUUACACCCAAGAAGACUACACCAUGCUGGGCUCUGAUGACUUCUUCUAUGUGGGUGGAAGCCCCAGCACAGCUGACCUGCCUGGAUCUCCAGUCAGCAACAACUUCAUGGGCUGUCUCAAGGAGGUGGUGUAUAAGAACAAUGACAUCCGACUUGAGUUGUCCCGUCUGGCUCGAAUUGUGGACCCUAAGAUGAAAAUCCAAGGUGAGGUGUCCUACAAGUGUGAGAAUGUGGCCACCUUGGACCCCAUUUCUUUUUUCGAGACUCCCGAGGCUUACAUCAGCCUUCCCAAAUGGAACACCAAGCGGAUGGGAUCCAUUUCUUUCGAUUUCCGAACAACUGAGCAUGGCCUCAUCCUCUUCACCCAUGGCAAACCCCAGGAGCGCAAAGAUGCUGCCCGCAGUCAGAAGAACACCAAGGUGGAUUUCUUUGCUGUAGAGCUGCUGGAUGGGAGCCUUUACCUGUUGUUGGACAUGGGCUCAGGGACUAUCAAGGUGAAGGCCACCCAGACAAAGGUCAAUGAUGGUGCCUGGUACCAUGUGGACAUCCAGAGAGAUGGACGCUCAGGCACCAUCUCUGUAAACAGCAGAAGGACCCCAUUCACAGCCAGUGGUGAGAGUGAGAUUCUGGACCUGGAGGGUGACAUGUACUUGGGGGUUCCUGCUGACCGCACCAACCUCAUCCUGCCCACUGAGCUCUGGACGGCGAUGCUCAACUACGGCUAUGUGGGCUGUAUCCGUGACCUUUUCAUUGACGGUCGAAGCAAGGACAUCCGUCAGAUUGCUGAGGCACAAAAUGGUGCUGGCAUCAAACCCUCAUGCAAUAAGCAACCGGGCAAGCAGUGUGAGAGCUACCCAUGCAAGAACCGAGGUGUCUGCAAAGAAGGCUGGAAUCGAUUCAUCUGUGACUGUACCGGGACUGGCUACUGGUCACGCACCUGUGAGAGAGAGGCUUCCAUCCUUUCCUAUGAUGGCAGCAUGUAUAUGAAGGUGGUGAUGCCAACCAUCAUGCACACUGAGGCAGAGGAUGUCUCCCUGCGUUUUCGUUCCCAGAGGGCUUAUGGCCUCCUCAUGGCCACCACCUCCCGAGACUCAGCCGACACACUCAGGCUGGAGUUGGAUGGGGGUCGUGUGAAACUCACGGUCAACCUAGACUGUAUCAGGAUAAACUGUAACUCCAGCAAGGGACCGGAGACCCUGUAUGCUGGGCAAAAGCUCAAUGAUAAUGAGUGGCAUACGGUGCGUGUGGUGCGUCGCGGAAAAACCUACAAGCUAACAGUUGACGAUGAUGUAGCAGAAGGCCAAAUGGUGGGUGACCACACUCGUCUGGAGUUCCACAACAUUGAAACAGGCAUCAUGACAGAGCGCAGAUAUGUUUCCAGUAUCCCAUCCAGCUUCAUUGGUCAUCUGCAGAGCCUUAGAUUUAAUGGUAUGCUCUACAUCGACCUGUGCAAGAAUGGUGACAUCGAUUAUUGUGAGCUUAAUGCCCGCUUUGGGGUUCGCUCCAUUAUUGCUGACCCUGUCACCUUCAAAUCCAAGAGCAGCUACCUGAGCUUGGCCACCCUGCAGGCCUACACAUCCAUGCACCUCUUCUUCCAAUUCAAGACCACCUCCCCAGAUGGCUUCAUACUUUUCAACUCUGGAGAUGGCAAUGAUUUUAUUGCUGUAGAACUGGUUAAAGGAUAUAUCCACUAUGUUUUUGACCUUGGAAAUGGGCCUAACCUCAUCAAGGGCAAGAGUGAAAGGGCACUGAAUGACAACCAGUGGCACAAUGUAGCCAUCACCCGAGACAACAGUAACACCCACACACUGAAAGUAGAUGCUACAGCAACUAGUCAGAGUAUCAAUGGAGCCAAGAACCUGGACCUGAAAGGUGAUCUGUUCAUCGCAGGACUGGGUCCAGGCAUGUAUGGCAACCUGCCUAAACUAGUGGCUUCCAGAGAAGGCUUCCAGGGCUGUUUGGCAUCUGUGGACCUCAACGGUCGCCUGCCAGAUCUCCUCAAUGACGCCUUGUUUCGCAGUGGGCAGAUUGAGCGUGGAUGCGAAGGUCCCAGCACCACCUGUCAGGAGGACUCCUGUGCCAACAUGGGUAUUUGUAUUCAGCAGUGGGAGAACUACACCUGUGACUGCUCCAUGACCUCCUACACUGGAACACAGUGCAAUGACCCUGGGACAACGUACAUCUUUGGCAAAGGAGGAGGCCUCAUUACAUUCAAGUGGCCAGCCAAUGAGAGACCGAGCACCAGGACUGACAGGCUGACCGUUGGCUUUAGCACCUCCCUGAAAGAUGGCAUCCUGGUUAGGAUUGACAGCGCACCUGGUCUGGGGGACUAUCUCAUGCUGCACAUACAACAAGGAAAAAUUGGAGUGACAUUCAACAUUGGCACAGUGGAUAUCAGUGUGCAGGAAAGCAGUACCCCAGUGAAUGAUGGGAAGUAUCAUGUUGUCCGUUUCACCAGGAAUGGUGGCAAUGCUACGCUGCAGGUGGAUAACUGGUCGAUCAAUGAACACUUUCCAACAGGGAACAGCGACAUUGAACGCUAUCAAAUGGCCAAUAAGAAAAUUCCUUUCAAAUACUCCCGACCAGUAGAAGAGUGGCUACAAGAGAAAGGGCGGCAGCUAACAAUUUUCAACACUCAAGCAACAGUCGCAAUUGGUGGUAGUGAUCGUGGCCGGCCCUUUCAGGGUCAACUCUCUGGCCUUUACUAUAAUGGCCUCAAGGUGUUGAACAUGGCUGCUGAGGGUAACCCUAACAUCAAGAUUAACGGCAGUGUGAGGUUGGUAGGUGAUGUGCCCAGUGUGGCAGCCUCAGCCAGGACCACAGCCAUGCCUCCAGAGAUGUCCACAACCUUCAUUGAGACCACUACCAUGAUGUCCACCACUACCACACGGAAACACAGAUCCUCUUCAACUGUACAGCAUACGGCAGAUGACAUUGUAUCAUCCGCAGAGUGUUCGAGUGAUGACGAAGACCUGGAGGAGUGUGAAACUAGCCAUGCAGGUGGGCUAGCACUCCCCACAGAGCCGGGCGUCAGGCGAGUUCCAGGGCCCUCGGAAGUGGUCCGUGAAUCUAGCAGCACCACCGGGAUGGUCAUCGGAAUAGUGGCGGCCGCUGCCCUGUGCAUCCUCAUCCUUCUGUAUGCCAUGUAUAAGUACAGGAACAGGGAUGAAGGCUCCUACCAGGUGGACGAGAGCAGGAACUACAUAACCAACUCAGCUGUGCAGAGCAAUGGCGCUGUGAUGAAGGACAAACAGCAGAGCUUGAAAGGCAGCAACAAGAAACAGAAAAAUAAGGAUAAGGAGUAUUAUGUGUGACUGUGAGACUUUCAUGAACACUAGAAAAUGAAGAAAGAAAGCAUUAAGAGAACACUUAUUUAUCAGUUUCCCUGUGAGGAGCUAUGACAAAUGAUGGUAUAACAUGGAACUUGAAAAUCUUAUACUGUGCUAAGUAGUCGAACUGAUGAUAUGUUCUGUAAUAUAAAGCACACUUACUAUUGUAAGCAUAAUGACAAGGCUAAAUAGCAACUUUAGAGAUCUUACUCUUCUAUCUGGUCAGAGACGUUAUCAGUAUAGAAAUAUUUCACAGCUACACCAUUCUCCUAAGUGACUUUUAGAGCUAUGUGAUCCUUGGCAUUAAACAAAAAACUUUUUGUAAAAUUGUUAAUUACAAAAGGCUCAUAAUCUUAUACAUUUUCAGCAUGUAAGCAACAUGUAGUGCUUAAAAUGAGGGGUCAGGCACAUGAUCACUGUAAAAGUAAAAAAGGACUGUUGUAUCAGAAUAUGACAAAUUUUUAUGGUUUAUACAUUAUACAAGUGUGGUGUUUUACUCAAUUUUGCUUUAAGCAAAAGAAAAAAUGACAAAAAGAACAGCAAGAGAAAAACUAUUUCUGUGUAUAAAAUGAAAUCAAGUGAGCAAAUUGACAUGGGCUGAACUCAUAGAAUCUGUUUGUUCUGGCAUCUGAUUCACCACAAUUAUUCUCAUCAUCAGACAGAGAGAGUGACUGUCCACUCUGUGGAAAGAAGGGGCCAGUUCUCUUGGUAAGAGGCAACUGGUUGUAAAAUGCAUGCCAUCCUAAUUCUCCAGUAAAGUACAGUACAGUAAAAGUCCAGUAUAAAGUGUUCAACUUGGACCAUGUUCUCUUUAAGGCCAAAACAGUUCUUCAUCAUCAGAUCAGAACUUAGCCCUUCCCCUCUACUUGACCUUCAAAAUGUUAAUCAUGGAAAAAAAAUGAUCUCUUAAAGAAAAGGUCUAUUAUUGGUGCACAGCCAGUGGUGGUUUUAUGUUUUUGCAGAACUGUAUGUUGGUUCAUUGCCUAUUGUUCUCUUUUUCUAUGGAGGUGUCAGGAGGAAUACAAAUGCAGUACUACAACACUGUUAACAAAUGUGUAUACAAAAAUAAAUCAAAUGUUGAAAGUGUGAAUUAUAUCUGCUGUCACAGUCAGCUGUGUCAGAAAAACAAGAAAUUUGUUUACAUAUUUUAUUACACCCUAGCUGUUGUACUUUGUAGGUAGCAAAUUGUACAUAUACCAUGACAGUUGUAAUUUUUUAGUACCUCUAUUGUACAGACUGAAGAUAUGGUUUAUCAGCGUAUUUGACAUGAUGAAAUCUAUUAACUGUUAAUUUACAUGGAGAAAGACUUUAAUCAGAAUGUGGAGAAUCAUAUAGAUAUCCAUAAAGAAUAAAAAUGUAUUGUUAGCCUAGAGAUCUAACCAGAGAUGUUUCUAAAGUUGCAUGAAUAUUAACUAUUUGCAGUUGUCAAACAAGGUGCCCUUCCUUCUGUAUCAUGGCUUUCUUGUUCUGGGUUACACUAGUGUUAUUUCCUUUUGAAAGAGAAUAAAGUCAGAGUUAUGACAAAGACAGAAAGACAAAGAGGCUAUAGUGGAUGGGGCUUUAGUUUGUUUUUUUUAAAAGCUAAAAUUGUUUUUUUUUUUUUGUUUGUUUGUUUUUUUUUAGGUGUGAUUGGUCACCUCAGAUCAUUGUCUUGUCACAUUCUUUAUCAUUAGUUAACAUCUUGUUUUGACAGUAUUUUACUGUCCCUAUAUUUUCUGCCAUCAUCAUUUAAUGAUGUGGAGGUGCAGCCUGGAAUUCACAUUUUUUGUGUUACAGUUGUUACUUUUCAUAACCUUUUUUUUCAUCAGUUUGAUAACAAAUAAAACAUUCUUUUUUUCUCUGAAAUGACACUGUAGUCCUUGGGUAAAUCCAAUUCUGCAGGUCCACAUGGCAAUAAUACACCACUUGGACAUUUUCGCUAAUUCUCAACAUAAAUCAUCAUGACCUAGCAGGAGAGAGAAAAUGAGGCAGCUUUAAAGCCCCUGGACAUUUAGUUUUAAACCUUUAGUUUUUUGCUAUAAUAUGAAAUAUUAGUGACUAGAUAUAAUUAGUUAACUGCUUCAUCAGGACUAUGCAGGUGUGGUUUCAUCAAUUGACUGACUCUACGUGACCAAAUGAUUGAAAUGUUGCUAAAUUCUGGUACAUGAAUGUACAUGACAUCACUAUUUUCUAACCAGUAUCCAGAAAACAUUGUCUUUGUGUAAGACCCAGUUGCACAUGUUGGAUGAAGCAGUUGAUGCUGGAGUAAUGCAGUUUGGUGUGUCAUCCACACACUGGUAUCAAAUGUUAAGUGUGUUAUAUUAUGUGUUAUUUGUUAUGUUUUACACUACUUGCUGAAAAUGUCCUGUCUACUAAGUGAGCUACAGUGAAGGAGAGGCUGACUGCAUGGCUAUACCCUUGACUUGUAAAAUUUCCCCGUUGCAUAAAAUAUGGUGUCAAACUCCAUAAGGCAGAUGAUCUCAUCCAAGUUGAGGUUGGUUCUAUUUUGCAAACCCAGGUCCUGUGUUAGUGUCUGUCUGGUGGAAAUCCUGGGAGAAGGUGAACUGACAUCAGGGGAUACCAGUCUGUGUGAGUGGAGCACUUUUAAAUGUUUUAACUUUUGAACAAAACCUCCACUGUUCUCAACCCUCCACAGUACAUUGUAUACCAGUAUACCACUGGGACCACUGGGACCACUUUGGACUUCACCUUCCACAUCUGUCCUUCAGGCCUGCUUUUUCUAACUACUGGUAGGAUUUCUUGAUGUCAGCCACUUCCUCUACAUCCCAUGGAGUACAUGUGCUGUAUUUCCGAUUAUGUUCUUGUCAUGUUAUGUUCAUGUCUUGUCACCAGUAGCAUCUAGCUCCUCCUGUGACCAGCUUAUUAUCAUGGUUCCCAUUGGCCUGUGGGAUACCUAGGCACUUGCACCUUUCCUAUAUGUCUGCUCUUCACAUCCACUCUUUGUGAUGAUCUGGCUGAGGGGGUUCAAGCCUAAGCAGGACAGCAGUGGGGACAGUGCAUCACCUUGGUAUAUGCAGGACUUGAUGGUGACUUGUUCAGUGGUCUUGUAGUUGGAUUCCAGUGUUGUUUUCAACAGUUUUUCAUUGAUGGUUAUCAGUUCACUGUUAGCCCUGUAUAGUACCAAGAACUCUUGUACGCAUUUGUGGGGCAUUGAGUUGUAGGCUUUCUUGUAGUCAAUCCAGGCAGUACUUAAGUUGAUCUGCCUAGUUUUAGGCCCUGUUCAGACCUGGCACUAACAUGGGUGUCAGGUGAUCCAAUCACAAAUGGACAGCUCCUAGGUAUGAAUGCACCAAGGUGCAGGACACAUUUGAGAUCCGAUUGCUCAGACCACCUCUUGAGGGCCACAUUCCUUUAGGAGUGUGAACACAAAUUCCUGUUUCUAAGCCACACUGGACUGGCUACUGAAUUCACAUCUGUCACAGUCUAUAUUUAUCCUGCCUAAGUUUCAUAACAUUUUUGCACUUCUCAGUGUUUCCCAUGCAUUUAUUUAUUUGUGGUAGCCUGCUAUAAUAUAUUUUUUUAGUAUUUUAAAUGAGAAACUUCAGAGCUGUAUACAGCACUUUGUUUCCCUCAGCUUCUCCCUGCCCUUAAAACAAUGGGAAACAGACGUUAUGCACGUAGUUACUUGCACGUAGAGCAGGGAAGCAAGAUACACAUAAUGUCAUGUGUAUAAUAUAAAAGAAAAAAGGGGGCUUGGGGCAGGGCUGACCACUGUUAGUUGUUAUAAUGACUAAUAAUAAUAGCAAUACCUACAGGGCAUUCAGAUCUGAUCAAUCUACACUCAGUCCCCCAUAAUAAGAAAGCCAAAACAGAAUUUUAGAAAUGUUUGUAAAUAAUAAAUUAAUAUAAACAAUAGAUUAUUAAAAAGGAAAAACUGAAAUAUCACAUUGACAUAAGUAUUCAGACCUUUUGCCAUGACACCUGAAAUUUAGUUCAGGCACCUUGACUGGAGUCCACCGGAGCCAAAACCAAGCUAUGAGGUCAAAGGAACUACCUGCAGAGAUCAGAGACAGGCUUGUGAUGAGGCACACAUCUGGAGAAGGCUACAAAAACUCUCUGGUGCAAAGUCCUAAGAGAAAAGUGGUCUCCAUCAUUCUUAAAUGGAAGGAGUUUGAAACAACCAAGACUCUGUCUAGAGCUGGCCACCAGACCAAACUGAGCAGUCGGCGGAGACUCUCAUUGAUCUCCACAGAUCCUGUGUGAAGAUGGGACAACUUUCCAGAGGGACAACCAAUUGUAAGCAUCAUGUCUGGUUUCCUCUGGACAUGAUGCUUGGGACUGAGGUCACUCAUCAGAGCAGAGAAUUUCUUGUCUUGGGUGAUUUUUUCCUAACUUUCACUGAGGAGUGGCUUCUAUCUGGCCACUCUGCAACAAAGCACCAAUUCAGUGGAGUGUUGCAGUGAUGGUUGUCCCUCUGGAAGUGCUCAGUGCAUCAUGGUCCCCCAGCAGCCUGGGCCUAUAGUAGUAUUACUAGUACUAAUACUAUAACUACUCACACACGUAGGAUUGAAGGUACAUCCCACUGUUUUGCAUGCAACUUGCUAACAUGACCCAUUAGCUGACACCAUCUGACUUGACUCUUUUUUUAGCCUUCCCCACAUGCCAUUGGGUUGGUCCCAGGAUGAUGCUCGAGGUGGAUUUAAUGUAAAUUAAAUCCUAUUACUUUUGUAUUAUAAUUGAUAAUGUAACAUUAACAAUUUUAAUAUUAAUUGUUAUAAUAUUAAGAUUUAAAAUAUUAAUAUUAGUCAUACGUUUCUGAUGACCAGUAACAAAUAAACUAUUACACCUAUCAAUGCACAACAUAAAUGGAGCCCCCUGUGAGGCAGUGUAUUGUUGGCAAUUAUGAAUAUUAAUUUUCAGCAAAACUUACUUAACGUACUUAAAGUGGAACCCAAAAUGUUGCCUCCUCCAAAAGUUUACAUUUGACAUGCAGCUGCACUUACAAACAUUGUGCAUUGUGGUGUGGAUUGAAUACCACAUAUUCAGACUAUCUAGUCAAACUGUCAGAGUUGGCUGUUAAUUCAAGUGCUCCCCCUCCCUUUUAAUUAAAACGCAUCAUGCACUGUGCAUAUAACAUAGA